GGGGCGGGCACCGCUUAGCCCGGGGCUGCGCGGCGCAGAGGGCGGCGGGACGCCAUUUUGUGAGAAGCUCGGCGUGAGGCGGCUGCCGCGAGCUGGGGAAAGCGACGCGGAGCCGAGCGGGGUCUAGCGGGCAGCGAGGCGAAUCCCCAUCCCUUCUCACUGGAGCUCAGCUUCGUUGUAACUCCCCCACCCCCAUACACGCACACCUCCCAAUUUUAUAAAACAACUUUCUCUCUGUCCCCCCAUGGCCUAGCACUUCCUGUGCCAAACCGGAGCUGGAUUUAAGUGAGAUUUUUUUGAUCUUCAGCUACAGUCCGGGCUGCGCGUGAGCCAUGGCCAGCAACGUCACCAACAAGACAGACCCACGGUCCAUGAACUCGCGUGUCUUCAUUGGGAAUCUGAACACACUGGUGGUGAAGAAGUCUGACGUGGAGGCAAUCUUCUCCAAAUAUGGCAAAAUCGUGGGCUGCUCAGUGCACAAGGGCUUUGCCUUCGUGCAGUAUGUCAACGAGCGGAAUGCUCGUGCCGCCGUGGCCGGGGAGGAUGGCCGGAUGAUCGCAGGCCAGGUGCUAGAUAUCAACCUGGCGGCCGAGCCAAAAGUGAACAGGGGCAAGGCAGGCGUCAAGCGGUCGGCAGCCGAGAUGUACGGGUCAGUAGCCGCACCACCUUCUCCGUCCCCUCUAGUCAGGUCCUCCUUUGACCUGGACUAUGACUUCCAGCGGGAUUACUAUGACAGGAUGUAUAGCUACCCGGCACGUGUGCCCCCACCUCCCCCCAUUGCUCGGGCCGUGGUGCCCUCGAAACGCCAGCGUGUGUCUGGCAAUACCUCCCGCCGAGGCAAGAGUGGCUUUAACUCCAAGAGUGGGCAGCGGGGGUCGUCCUCCAAGUCUGGUAAAUUGAAAGGUGACGAUAUCCAGACCAUUAAGAAGGAGCUGACCCAGAUCAAACAGAAAGUGGAUUCGCUGCUGGAGAGCCUGGAGAAGAUCGAGAAGGAUCAAAGUAAACAGACGGAGCUGAAGAAUGAGAAGUCGGAGGAGGAGCAGAGCAGCAGCUCCAUGAAGAAGGAGGAGAGUAAUGUGAAGAUGGAGUCAGAGGCUGGGGCAGAUGACUCUGCUGAGGAGGGGGACCUGCUGGAUGAUGAUGAUAACGAGGAUCGAGCGGAUGACCAGCUGGAAUCCAUCAAGGGGGACGAGAAGGAGGCGGAGGAAGGCGAAGACGACAGAGACAGUGCCAAUGGUGAAGAUGAUUCCUAAACAGCUGGUGCAGCCCCUCCCAGCAAGGCGCCCACCUGACAUUGAGCCUGUCACCGGCCCCUCCCCAGCCUCCUUCUCACUGCCCGCCCACGUGUUCAUGGUGUCGUGUCCCCUGCCACGCUCCUGGCUCACCCCAUAGUUCUGUUAAAUCCCCUGUAAUUUUCCUCUUUUAAUUUUGAUACCUCUUUAUGAUUUAACAAUAAAAAAAAGUAUGGUUUUUA